AUGUCAUCAACAAACGUAAUGGUUCAGGUUUCUGAACUAUUACCUGACCAACCAUUGGAUAAAUCAACAACAACAACAACCGACCCAACAACAACAACAUCAACAUCUCAACCAAGAAACAUAGCCCCUAAUAAUUCUACUCCAAGAACCGCAGCAGAGAUAUACGCAGACAUUAAACAACAACACAUAGAAGACCAACAACGACAACAACGACAACAGAAUAGACACCUGCAACCAACUCCACAACCACCAACAGUAGUCCCACAAUCUUCUCAACAACAGCAACAACAACAGUCUUCUCAUAUCAGUCAAACUCCUGGUAAACGAAUGCAUCGAGAAAUCAGAUUUGGUAAUUAUAUACUUGGUUCUACUUUAGGAGAAGGUGAAUUUGGUAAAGUUAAAUUAGGUUGGAGAAAAGAUGGUAAACAUCCAAGUCAAGUUGCAAUUAAAUUAAUUAAACGAUCUUCAAUAAUUAAAGAUUCAGAAUCUGAAAUUAAAAUCCAUCGAGAAAUUAAUUCAUUAAAAUUAUUAAAUCAUCCAAAUAUUGUUAAUUUAGUUGAAGUUAUGAAAAGUGGGAAAUAUAUUGGAAUUGUAUUAGAAUAUGCAUCUGGUGGAGAAUUAUUUGAUUAUAUUUUACAUCAUAAAUAUUUAAAAGAAAAUGUUGCUAAAAAGUUAUUUUCACAAUUAGUUAGUGGAGUUGAUUAUAUGCAUUCAAAGGGGUUAAUUCAUCGUGAUUUAAAAUUGGAAAAUUUAUUAUUAGAUAAACAUCAAAAUGUAAUCAUUAGUGAUUUUGGUUUUGUUAAUUCUUAUAAUCGAGAAAAAUCUGAUUUAAUGAAAACAAGUUGUGGAUCUCCAUGUUAUGCUGCACCAGAAUUAGUAUUAACUCAAAGUCCAUAUGAAGGGAGAAAAGUAGAUAUUUGGUCACUUGGGGUUAUAUUAUAUGCCAUGUUAGCUGGAUAUUUACCAUUUGAUGAUGAUCCAGAAAAUGAAGAUGGUUCAGAUAUUAUUAGAUUAUAUCAUUAUAUUUGUAAAACUCCAUUAACAUUUCCAGAAUAUGUUUCACCUUUAGCUCGUGAUUUAUUAAGAAAAAUAAUUAUUGCUGAUCCUAAAAAAAGAAUUACUUUAGAUGAAAUUAGAACUCAUGCUUGGUUAAGUCCUCAUGCCAAAUUAUUAUCAAUUAGACAACCAGAAUGGGAUAAAUUACAUGAAGAAAGUGUAAAAGCAAAACAACCAAUUACUCCAAUGCAUAAUACCAAUAAGAGAUUUUCUAUGAUUCCAGAAAGAACCAAUUCAUCUUCAUUAAUGAAUAAUCAUAAUCCUCAUCUUGCCCAUCCUGCUCCAUCUCAUGCACGUUCAUAUUCUGCCAAUAGCAUUAAUCUUUUAUAUUCAUCUCCAUCAACUUCAUCAUACUUAGCCACUGCAGUAGCACAAACACCUACUAAUCGAACCAUUAUUGAUUCUACUUCAUCAUCUACAAUUGCAUCAUCUACAUCAGCCAUAUUCCAAACUCCAUCACCAAAACAUCAAAUUUAUGAUAAAUCAACAAGUGCAAUUACAUCUUCAUAUUCUUCAGCUAGUAUUGCAUUAAAAGCUGCCAUGGUUCAUGAUAAUGCCAAUGAUAGUUAUCAUUAUUUACCUACUCAAUUACCAAGAUCAACUACAUAUACCGGUACACCAAUCUCUACAAUCGUUGAAAGUCCAACUAAGCAAGAGGCAAAGAAUAACAAUAAUUUGAGAAAUCCACCUUCAUUGCCACCACCACAAGCACAACAACAAGCACAAGCAAGAGAAUCACCAAGAUUACCUCAUUCAAUCAAAAAACCUCGACCCACUUCAUAUCAUCCAUCAUCAAUGUCUUCAACUUUAAGUUCCAAUUCUCAUAAUUCUGCAUUUGAUUAUAUAAAAAUCCCAAGUCCAAUUGCAAGUAAUAGUCCAAUGACUCAAUAUAUUCUGACAUCACCACCAAAAUCGGAAAACCAUAUUAUUAAGGGAUAUGAAACUCCAGUAGCUUCAUCAAGAAGAAAUUCUCUGGUUACACAUAUUAACGUCACGGCAGUCUUGAGUAAUAAAGAUAGUAGUAUUAGUAAUCAUGGAGGAGAUAAAGUGACCAAACAAUCUUCAGUAUUGACUUAUUUAGAGGAUAAGAUCGAUACUUUGGAUUUAGUAGGUACGACAACGACGACGACCAAACAUGAAGAUUCUGAGAAUACUUCUACUACUCCAUUAAUCAAUCAUCAACCUGAAUUUGACACUAUUCAUCAUGGAAGUGGCGAUGAACAUGGUAGUAAUAGUCAUAGUCGUAAGGGAAGUGGACAAGAUAUAAUCAAUAGUCCAGAAACUAUGGUGAAUGCAUCAAGUCCACCAGUUGAGACUUCCAAACCGAUUGAAAUUGAAAUUGGAUCACAUAUUUCAUCAUCGGAUACUGCUGUUGACGGAGAAGGAAAAUAUGGGGUUGUUAUUAUGGAAGAGGAAAUUAUCCCGGUGGAAGAAUAUAUCGGAGUUCCACAAGUUGUUCCAGUCCCACCACCUAUGAUUGUGAAAUCACAAAAACAACAUCCACUGAAGAAGGAAUCAACUGGUUUGAAUAGAAGACAUACCGUGAGUGCAAGAAGAACUAGUGAGGAUAAUAAGGAGAAUAAAGAUGUUUCUGUGUCACAUAAGAAACGGAAUAGGUUUAGUAUUUUGUCAUUCUAUAGUAGUCCAGAACCAUAUGUUAGAAAAGUCCUCGAACCAACUAAUGACAAUAUCAAGGAUGGGGGAAAUGGUGGUGUACAUCAAAAGAGGAUUAGUAGUAAUUCGUCGAGUAAUUCAAAAGCUGGGAAUACGAAAGAGGCUAGUGCUGCUAGGAAGGUGAUGGACUUUUUUAAGAGGAGAAGUAUUAGAGUUUAG